GUAUCAAGUCAUUCUAUCCAUCAUCCCCCAAAACGUUGACUGUGUUUUACUCCUGAUCCCUUAUCCUCAAAACAACCCUAAACAUGGCGGAGCUCCGAUCACUCGGAAACACAGGCCUCAAACUCAGCAGCGUCGGGUUCGGUGCAUCCCCUCUCGGCAGCGUCUUCGGCCCCGUUUCCGAUGAAGAAGCCAUUGCCACUGUUCGCGAAGCAUUCCGACUCGGCAUCAAUUUCUUCGACACAUCACCGUAUUAUGGUGGAACUUUGUCUGAGAAAGUACUCGGAAAGGCUCUGAAGGCUGUUGGGGUGCCGAGGAACGAGUACAUUGUGUCAACCAAGUGCGGGAGGUAUAAAGAGGGCUUCGAUUUCAGUGCCGAAAGGGUAACUAAGAGUAUUGAUGAGAGUUUAGAACGCCUGCAGAUGGAUUAUGUUGAUAUAUUACAGUGUCACGACAUUGAAUUUGGCUCACUUGAUCAGAUUGUAAACGAGACAAUUCCCGCCCUCCAGAAGUUGAAGGAAGCGGGGAAGAUCAGGUUCAUUGGUAUAACCGGACUUCCAUUGGGAAUCUUUAGCUAUGUGCUUGAUCGCGUGCCACCGGGCACAGUUGAUGUAAUUCUUUCGUAUUGUCAUUAUAGUAUUAACGAUACGACACUGGAAGAUCUGAUCCCGUACCUAAAAAGCAAAGGAGUUGGUGUGAUCAGUGCAUCCCCAUUAGCAAUGGGACUUCUCACAGAAAGUGGCCCUCCAGAGUGGCACCCAGCUUCACCCAAACUUAAGGCUGCAUGCCAGACUGCUGCUGCUUUCUGUAAAAAGAAGGGAAAGGAUAUCUCAAAAUUAGCAUUGCAAUACAGUUUGUGUAAUAAAGAUAUUUCUACCAUACUUGUGGGGAUGAAAUCUGUUGAACAGUGUUGGCAAAUCAACCUGAUUGGGCCAUUACCAAGCAUUCCGGCCCGCGCACUCUGCCUGGUCUAGACUGUCAUCAAUCAUCUGAUACAGAACUUGCUAAGGGUGAAAAAGACGAGCAAACGCUAGCUGAGGUUGAAGAAAUACUGAAACCGGUGAAGAAUCAGACUUGGCCUAGCGGUAUUCAACAAGUUUGAGCAUUGUUCAAGUGUUUUUUAUGAGCUGUACACUUGUUUAUAUAUCCUGCAAUCAUCCGUGUGUAUUAAAUUUCUCAAGUACAGCAUAUUUGCGUAAUGACUAAGACAUGAAAUACUUCUCGUAUGGUCUCAUAAAAAAUAUUCGGUGAA